AGGUGUGUUUCAAAAUACUGGCUUUCUUUAUUGUCAAGUUCACAUUUUGUCAAGACCCAAAUCAAAUUUUCAAUUAAAGAUUAAAAAAAUGUGAACUUUAGACUUGUUGUAGUAGCAUCAGCAUCAGGUUUGGUUGGUAAAACGUGCUCUAUUUACUCUGUAGUUGGUGAAAAAAGUUCCUUUGUAAAUGUUGCUAAAAUGGAAUACCCUUUGAAACCCCCUUUUGGAUCUGCUAAAUUCUUGGGAUCUUGUAAUGGAUUGAUAUGUUUAACAACAAUGUCAUUUAAACUUAUGUUAUGGAACCCAUGUACUGGAAACUACAAGGAAUUUCAAGAUUCGUUUGUUAAGAGAGCUGUAAGUUGUUAUAUUAGAUAUGGAUUUGGUUAUGAUGCUAUUAAUGAUGAUUAUAAGGUUGUUAAAAUCUUUAGUUUUCCUAAGGAUGAGAGGAAAUAUGAGAAUAUGGUGAAGAUUUAUAGCUUAAGGAGUAAUUCGUGGAAAAUGAGUGAGAGUUUUAGUGGUGGUUAUAUAAAUGCACAAUCAGGGGUGAUAUUGAAUGAAGCUCUUCAUUGGGAAGUGAGUCAUUGUCGCGGUUCUGGUGCUCAUUCGAAGAUUAUGACUUUGGAUUUGGCCACGGAGACGUAUGGGGUGAUGGAGUUGCCUAGUUGUGGAAAUGGAAACUUUGUUGGAUGCUAUAUUUUGGAUAGAUAUUUGGUUGCCUGCUGCAACUAUUAUCCCGGUAGAACGGGUCUAUGGCCAUGAAGAAAUUUCCGUCGAUUUUCAAGGCCCCUCAUGUACAAAAGACGGAUUUUUUUUUAUUUUAAGUUUAUUCAUUAUUUCUUUAAUUCAUUAGAUAGUUAUUUAUUCUCUUAUUAACACUUUUACUAAGUGUUUGUACAGGUACCCGGAGAUACAUCCCAAAAAUGACACUCGGAAGGAACCUGAAGCCUUCAUGGAACCACUGUUUGUAUUUACUUUCCGCAUUUUUUUAUAUAACUGUACAAAAUAUAAACUCAUAGUAUAGUGAAAAU